GCAAUAAAAAAAGAGGCGCGAAAUGUGACAGCUGGUAUUUUCUGUUUAUGAACUAGAAGUCACUCUGCCGGUUUGCAAACGCCAAAUUUAACAAAGUGCCAUAACUUUGGCGAAUUAAAGUAAAAAAAACGCUAAAAUGGCGCAGAAUGCACCAGACUGCAAGGACACACAGGACUUUCAAUUCAAGUUGCACGACAAAUUUGUGGCGUUCAAAAAAUGCGGCGAGCCUAGAAGCAAUGUGAAACUGCUAGCUAUUUCCAGUAGCCGCGGACUGUUGUUUGCAGGGAACCCAACGCUGCCCGAACUGAAGGUAAUUGUACUUAAAGAUCUGGUCAAUGCCAAGUCCACGGAUCGCGAGCCCCAGGCGCGCCAUGUCCCUCUGCCCAGUGUGCCAAAUUAUCUAUCAUGCAGCUCGGACGGAAACCUGUUGGCUGUUAAUCAUACUCAGAAUGGCACAAGUCUUCUCAGCAUCUAUGCAGUUCCUUCGUUCAUGGGCCCCGGCGUUCGGCCAGUGUACAGCAUAAGAUUGGCCCCAGAAGACUAUGUUCAUGCGGUUCAAUUGCUAUGGAAUCCGGUGCUACCCAACAGCCUUGCUGUGGUUCUAAACAACGGAGCUCUCGGAAUGUAUGCUCUCAAAGAGGGUGGCAAUUUCGAGCUCCAUUCUCUGGACAAGAGUCAUCAGGUGAAGUGCGGCUGUUGGUCGCCCAGGGGUAAGCAGAUCGUUCUGGGUUUUCCCAGUGGCAAGCUGCAGCAGUUCAAGCCCGACUUGACGCCCGCCAAGACAAUAGAGUGCCCGCCAAACGUCCACGAUGCACCAUUCGACACCAUUAGCAUCCAAUGGCUAUCUACGUACCAGUUCGCUGUUAUCUUUCUGCAACACGGCGAGGACUGCAAUCCGUCAUUAUACAUACUAAAUGCGCCCAAGGCAGGACCACCUUCCUACAUUAACUACUAUGACAUCUGCUAUAGCAUGAACGGACCGAGAAAUCAUCAGUUUCUCUUCAACCACGUGCCGCAGUGGAAUGUGCUCUUAGUAACCUCUGCCAAUGGCGUCGAAGUCGGAGUUAUGGGUACAUCUGAGGCGGGCGAAACGCCCUCUUGGCAACAGUUCAACUUGCUGGACGAAGCCCGUAUUGAAUUACCGCUGAACGAGAAAACCAAAGAGGAGACUUUUCCAUUGGGCUUUGUUUACGACACCUCAUCGACGCACCAGCUCAGUAUCAACGACAAGAAGCUUCAAGCCAUGCCCAUGGUGCAUGUGUUGGGCUCAGAUGGCGCCCUCCUGUCGUUUAAUUUUUUGAACUUGCUCCCGGGAGCUGUGUCUGUUUGCUCGCCGCCUCCGCCAGUGGCUGAUACCUCGGGACAGUUUCGACCCCUCAGCACUCUGGUGGCCAAUGAGAAGAAUGAAGAGGUCGAGCAGCAAACGGUGGCUGGUAGUCCCCCGCCUAAGGAUCUCCCUACGGCGGCGUCUUCAGAUAUAUCUUUUGCCUUUACACCAAACACAGUUACUUCGACUCCAGCUCCGGCUAAGGAGAAGCAAGCUUCACUUUUCUCCGGGUUUGGAACAACUGCGGCUAAUCCUCCAGCUGCUUCGCAGCUUACUUUUGGAGCUGCUCCAGCGGCUCCGUUGAGCUUCGCGGCUCCAACUUCGACAGCAGCUAAGCCAGCCUUAGGAUUCGGAGGACUGGGUGGAUCUACAACAACAAACUCCCCAAUGAGCUCUAUUUUUUCUUCAACUGGAGGAAGUACUUUCGGUGGUCUGUCGUUGACCAAACCAGCUGCACCGACAGGGCCAGUAAAUCCACCUGCGCUGGAAAAAAAUAUGCCGUCCGCACCAGUGGCUGCCGUAAGGAAGCCCCUUUAUACAGUUCCUCCGACAUUUACUCCGCCUGCUGGAAAACCCGUAGCGGUAGGCACUCCGCUUUCAGCUGUUAAAACUGAGGAGACCUUCAAGGUGGAUGAUACUGAACCCAUUAUUAGAGACAUGAUUGCUCUGCAAAUCGAGUCCUUUAAUCAGGAUAUUCAAAAACAGAAGGAUCAGACCAAAACUUUGCUAAGCAAUAUUUCCGCUCCUUCGGCUUUGAAGUCGUAUGCCAAGCGACUAGAUGAUCUGCAGGAACUGAACGAGCAGGCUAAGGACGUGGAGUUCGAACAGGACGUACAGAGUCUUCGGCAGGGCCUUAAUGAAGCCUACGCCAUUGUGGCCGAAUGCCGUGCCAAGUUAGAGAUGUACAAGAAUCCAGACAUUACACGAUUGAUGAACUCCAGCUCCUGCGACCAUGCUGGCCGUCGAAUGCUCUUACGCCUCCAAAGCUAUGUGGGUGCGAACGAAGCCCAGCUGCGUCUCGUACAGCAAAAUGUCGAUUUGCAGUGGGAACAGUUACAAGACGCAUUGCGGCGCAACUCCAAGUCACGGAUGCACAUGCCCUUCUUAGAGGGCAUUUACCAGCGUCUAACCCGGCUACAGAACCAGACCUCCGAUCUGCGCAUCGUUCAAAACAACAUUAAGACUAAGCUCAAGGAGCGAGGUCUUCUGCAAGCGGCGCUGCUCGACCAGGAGAAGAGUCGCAGUCGCACCACUGAAGCGGUUGAAACCCUGGCAGACUCCAUACUGUCGAUGAGUCUCCGUCAGGUGGUGGACUCCAAUGCUGCCAAGCUCACCCAAGAACGACUAAAGAAGAUCCGUCAAGUAGUGCAGCAUCAAAAGAUUAAAAUAAUAUGCCCUCAGCGACCGGAUCGCGUCGGUAUCAAGUCAGAGGUAAUAUUGGAAACCAAAACUAAACAAGAACUGAUCAAGAAGGCGGCAGCCAAGCCUUCAACCGCCAACAAAGCUAUACAAGCUGCAGCAACGGCUCCCGUUUUUGCGGCACCUCCGGCAGCUAUGCCAACUCCGACUCCAGUUGCAGCUCCGGCUCCUGGCUUACCUACAGUUUCAACUCAAUUGCCAAAACCUAUGCCGUCCAAGCCAGUUGCUGUCGAAAAGGCGGGAAUCGGAUUGAUUUCAGGUGCCCCAGUGAGCAGUACAUUUUCGUUUAGCCCAAGCAGUCCCUUCGCCAAGACUUCUGCCAUUACAAACACCACAACUUCAUUGAGCUCAGGAGAAGCUGCCAAACCCGGUUUCCCUAUGUUUGGGGGACUAAGCAGCGGGACUUCCAACUUCAGCUUUGGUGGAAAUGACCCCAAGACACCGCUUUCAUUCGGAGGUCCAUCAUCAGAAGGGACCGCAAAGUCAAACCUUUUCCAAGGAGUGGGAAAGGAUCAGCAGGUCGCACCAAAACCUACUCCAGUACUAACCAAGCCCAGCGAACCGGCAGGAAUGGUGGAAACGAAAUCCACCAACGAUCCGCUAAAGGGGGCACCCCCUUCAACACCCAAAUCAGACACGGCUGGCCAAACGUUUGGUUUUCCAGGAUUCAAGGCAGCCGGUGGUACUGCGGGAAGUGCUGCUGGAUCUGCUUUCAGCUUUGGCGGAUUGGGCUCAUCCUUGGGCUUUGGAGGAGCUUCUUCUCCAGCAACAACAUCCGCUUCAGCUGGUCCAUUUAGUGUCUUAUCGACAGCAUCAACAAAACCUAGUGUCAGCGAAUCAUUUUUGACCACCACCAGCAGCAAUAGCAGCAGCAGUAGCAGCAUCGUAUCCGUCGCCAGCAAGCCCGCGGCUCCAGCAGCAGAAGCUUCGCCGAAAGCCCCUCCAGUUUCAAGCAGCUCCGAUCCUGUGGGAGGUCUUUUCGCUUCAGUUAACAUUUGUAAGCCAAACACCAAGGAAACUUCAGGAGAAUCCGCGAAACCAGCGAACAUCUUUGGAACUGCAGGCAGCUCAUCGGGUCCCAAUACCUUCCAAUUCGGCGGUGGCGCUGGAGAAACGACAACCAAGAAUUUAUUUGGUAGUAUCGCUUCAUCGGCAGCGUCGGGAGUUACAUCGUCCACCACAAUAACCGCAACACCAACUUCAACGCCCUCAACAGCAUCAAGUCUGGCAAUAAAAUCUGAUAGUGAAGCAGCCACUAAAGUGGACUCUACCGCUACUGUUACAAGUCCAUUUAGUACUGAAACUCCUGGUACUAUUGCUCCAAAAAGUCAGCCUGCCAUUACAGCAAGCACUACAGCACUAUCAGUAGCUACGCCUGCAGCUCCAGCUACUGUUGCCACUGCAGCUUCAACUACUGGCACUUCCGUACCGGGCAGUGCCUUUUCCUUUUCGAAUGCCUUCAGCAGUCUUGGCAGUGCAGCAACGGUCAGCACCACCAACACGUCCACAACAAGUAAUACUUCGACUUCAGUUUUUGGUGGAUUCGGAGCAGCCGCUGGAGCAGCAACAACAACAGCAAUGGCACCAGUAGUCAGCAGUCCAUUCCAGUCUACAACAAGCAGUACUGCAUCGACUGGAAACAUUUUCGGAAAUAUUCCCAAGCCGGAGACGAAUCUAUUUGGACCUUCAGCUGGUGCUACCGCGGCUGCGCCCACUCCUGCCGCUGCAAAUCCACCGACUGGUCUCUUCGCUUCGGCAGCCAUCAGCAGUGCCUCGCCAUUUGGCAGUCCGCCGUCGGGAACGACUGCCUCUGGCGGAAACAUUUUUGGGCAGGCCAUAAAAGCGAGUGCUUUUGCUCAACCAACGCCAGCAGCCAGCGGUGUGGGAGGAUCUAUUUUUGGCGGGGGGACCAGUUCUUCCUUUGGUUCGAGCUCUAUUUUUGGAGGAAGCAAUCCGCAAAGCUCUAGUUCAGCAACUGGUGGAACCUCAAUUUUCGGACAAAACGUUUUUGGACAAUCGGCACAGGCUGCAGCACCGGCAACAGGUGGAAAUAUAUUCUCUAACGCUGUGACUUCACCGCAGCAACAACCCCAGCCCUCUGCCUUCGGCGGAGGUGGAGCAAGUGGAGGAGGUUCAAUAUUCAGUUCGGGGGCAGCCUCUCCACCAACUCCUGCUUCGGGCGGAUCGAUAUUUGGCGGAGGCAGUACCACUGGAGGAUUUGGGUCCUUUUCGCAAUCAUCCCCCGCAUCCGGAGGGUUUGGAAGCGUAUUUGGUGGUAGUGGCUCCGUAGCCCAAACCGGUUUUGGAUCUCCUCAAACUCCGCAACAGCAGCCUACUGCUGGCGGAUUUGGAGCUAAGCCAGUGUUUGGUGGAUCACCGGCCUUCGGAGCCAGUCCCACCUUUGGGGGAGCACCCACAUUUGGGAGUCCAAAAGGAUUCGGCGGUUUUGGCGGUGCCACUACCGUGACUUCGCCCCCAGCCUUUGGCGCACCUGCGAAGCCGACCGAAGGCAACAUCUUUGAGACACUUGGAGGUCAGGACUCUGGCCUGUCGUUUGGAAACCUAGCCCAAACCGGAAACUCCAAUGCCCAGAAGCCAGCUUUUGGAGGGUCGAGUUUUAUGAAUUAUCGUUAGAACCUAAUAUAAUUUUUGUGUAAAUUCCCAUCGUUUGUUUGUCUUAUAAUGAUUUGAUAAUAAUAAAUUUGAAAUAAUCAAGUACCAUA